AUGGAUCAGUUGAUCUUUGUGAUUGAGGGAAUUAUUAAUUAUGGCAACAUCCGCUGGAGUUUUGCAUCUAUAUGCAUCUGGUCCCCCUUCUACCGACUCAAAACCGCCAGAUUGAUUCUCACCGUGCGCACUAUCGCCAAGGGGCAAGAGGCCAAAGAGUAUAUCUUGCGGAGUAACCCGCAGCGCUCCGACCCGGAUACCAUCGAGAAAUGGUCGCUUGAUCUCUCGAGUACCGAGUCAACGUUGGGCGUUUACUAG